AAAUAUUGAAUGUCUUUUCCUACUACACCAACGUAGUAAGCAACAAUUAUUAUUAUAAGAGCUCUUGUUUAAGCAAUGCCUCAAGUCCUCAACAAAACAACACGGGUGUGACAGAGGCGCCUCAUUUAAGCUACUUAUAUUACUAAACAAAAUCCUCAGAUACUUAUCACUCAACUCAUUGCUUCUUUUUUAUUUAAGGAAGUUUCUUUUUUCUUGUUUUUUUUUUUUUUUUGGUACUAUUCUUUAUUUCAAUUUUAACAACUCCCCUCUAUAGAGCAGAAAUGUUUCAAAUUGAAACUUUAUGGAAUUUCAGCCACAGCUCAAGCAUUUUAUUCCUAUAAACACUUGUAAAAAUUCCAAGAAUCAUCAUCAUACCCCUUUUUCUAAAUUCAAAUUUCAGGUUUACAAAUCUUUCAAGAAUCUGUACGAAAAAGCAAAAGUAUCAAACAGGUUUGGAAGUAAAAGGUUUGAUUUUGAUGAGGUUGUAGUGACAAACUCAGUUUAUUCUGAUUUUCUUGAUGAUAAAAUGGAGGUUUUGUCUAACAAAAGUGAGUCUUUUGUGUAUUCAAAUGAUGAAAAUAGUAGUUCUGAAGAUUCAUAUUCUCCACCUUCAAUUAUUUGGCAUAUUAAAGAGAAUGAAGUACAACAUUGUGACAAUUCUGAAGUAGAGAAACCCCAUGUGGAAAAAAAGAAGUUGGAGAAACAAGGGUCUUGUUUAUCAGAGGUGGAGAUGAUGAAGGAAAGAUUUUCAAAGUUGCUGCUUGGUGAAGAUAUGUCUGGUUGUGGAAAUGGGGUUUGUACAGCACUUGUGAUUUCAAAUGCUAUAACUAAUUUAUGUGCUACACUUUUUGGACAAAUUUGGAGAUUGGAACCUUUACCUACAGAGAAGAGAUUAAUGUGGAGGAGAGAAAUGGAAUGGCUUCUCUGUGUUAGUGAUUACAUUGUAGAAUUGACACCCUCUUGGCAGACAUUUCCAGAUGGCACUAAGCUUGAGGUAAUGACUUCUAGACCGCGGUUGGACCUUUAUGCCAACCUUCCAGCACUGCGAAAACUAGACAAUAUGCUUCUUGAGAUUUUAGACAGUUUUAGAAACACGGAAUUCUGGUAUGUCGACCAGGGGCACUUAGCUGAAGAAACUGAUGGAUCGUCCUCUUUCCGGAAUCAUCUCCCUCGUCAAGAGGAGAAAUGGUGGCUUCCUGUUCCUAGAGUCCCCAUUGAUGGUCUCAGCGAAAAUGCAAAAAAGCAAUUGCAGCACAAACGCGAUUGUACUAACCAAAUCUUGAAAGCUGCAAUGGCCAUUAACAGUAACAUCUUAGCUGAAAUGGAGGUGCCUGAAUCAUAUCUUGAGAAUCUUCCUAAGAAUGGAAAAGCUAGCUUAGGUGAUCUUAUCCACCGAUAUAUCACCUCAGAUCAAUUUUCACCUGAAUGUCUGCUCGACUGCCUUGACUUGUCUUCUGAGCAUCAAGCAUUAGAAAUAGCAAACCGAGUAGAGACGUCAAUUUACGUGUGGCGCAGAAAACCUCAGGCGAAAUCCUCGAGUAAUCUGCUCCGAUCCAAUUCAAAGUCCUCAUGGGAAAUGGUUAAAGAUUUGGUGAUUGAUGUCGAUAAGAGGGACCUUCUUGCAGAUAGAGCUAAAAGCCUUUUGCUUUGCUUAAAACAACGGUUUCCUGGUCUUCCUCAGACCACCUUAGACAUGAGCAAGAUCCAACAUAACAAGGAUGUUGGAAAAUCAAUCCUGGAGAGCUACUCAAGAGUUCUUGAGAGCUUGGCAUUCAAUAUUAUGGCUCGUAUUGAUGACCUAAUUUACAUGGAUGAUUUAACUAAGCACUCAGACCAAUUUGUUCCAAUCUCUAAAGUAGGCAUCAUUUCUCGUAAAACCAUUGGAACUCCAAUAUCAGUACACGUCUCGGGUAGUCAGAUCAAAGCUCCUUUCACAACACCAAUCGCGCCGUCCCCUGAUAGCCGCAAAGUUUCUCAGUUUGGUUUUGGCGUGAAAAAGAUGUUGACUGAUUAUUGGAGCGUUGAUUCUAAAGAGAAGGGCACUGAACAUAAGAGAUCAGAUUCAUUUUUGAGCACAACUCAAGAAGUUUCUGCAACUCCAUCAGUAGGCUCCUCUGAAUGUUCAAGAGAGAUUUCCAGUCCAUUGACACAUGACUCACUUGGAGAAGAAUAAGUUUUUUCGGAUAAAGUUUCUCUGUGUCUAAACAUAGCUCUUCAAGCAUAUCGUUACUGAUGAUAUAGAAGGGGUAUUCCAGUGUGGUAUAGGUUUAAUCUUUUGUUGUUAAAACGUUCAUUCAGCGAUUUCUUGAUUGUUAAAAGUUAAUUUUCUC